UCGGUGAAGGAGCGCGGGUCCUGAAGAAUAAGAAAAAAAGAACAAAAAACAGGAGUAGUGUGAGCGAGCACCGAGAGGAUUGUCCCUCAUAGAAAAGACAACAAUAACCUGCAGGUUGUGGCUUUAAAACGUGCAUUUCACUUUUAGUCGAGGCUCCCGGUGUCUGUCGUUUGAAGGAAACCCAGCGAGCAACGAGCUGUCAGUGAGCAGAGAUGUCGGGUGUCGUGCGGGGGCCUGCGGGGAACAACGACUGUCGGAUUUACGUCGGAAACCUUCCUCCAGAUAUCCGCACGAAAGACGUGGAGGACGUUUUCUAUAAGUACGGCACGAUCCGAGACAUCGACCUGAAGAACAGGAGAGGGGGGCCUCCUUUCGCCUUCAUUGAGUUCGAGGACCCCAGGGACGCCGAUGAUGCCGUGUACGGACGUGAUGGAUAUGACUACGACGGCUACAGACUGCGUGUAGAGUUUCCUCGGAGUGGCAGAGGCUCCAGAGGAGGUUUCGGCGGGAUCGGCGGUGCUCCUAGAGGGAGAUAUGGGCCUCCAUCCAGACGCUCCGAGUACAGGGUGAUUGUGUCAGGGCUCCCUCAGAGCGGCAGCUGGCAGGACCUGAAGGACCACAUGCGUGAAGCUGGCGACGUGUGCUACGCUGACGUUUUCAGAGAUGGAACCGGCGUUGUAGAGUUUGUGCGCAAAGAAGACAUGACCUAUGCCGUUCGAAAACUGGACAACACCAAAUUCCGCUCACAUGAGGUAUGUGUACUGAUUUGGUUCAUUGUCAUGGAUAGGGUUUCUGUGCUGUGCCGAGGUGAGUACUUUGCUACAUGUUUGAAGCACACCCGGCCCUCAUUUCCAUCUGUGGUUUUUCCGCCAUGGGAAGAAAUGUUGUCUUUUCAAUGUCAAGUUCUCUUGUGUCUGCCAGGGAGAGACUGCUUACAUUCGUGUGAAAUUAGACGGUCCCCGCAGCCCGAGUUACGGAAGAUCACGCUCUCGCAGCCGUGGCAGCCGGAGCAGGAGCCGCAGUCGCAGCGCCAGCCGCAGCCGGAGCAAUUCCCGUGGCCGUGGCAGAGGAUCACCCCGCUACUCACCUCGUCACAGCCGCUCUCGCUCCCGUUCUUAAACCUUUCUACCACUGAUGUUUUGCCCUUUUGAUGUAUACCCUACUGUUUUUACCUCCUUAUGAGUUUCUCCAGAUGUCAGCUGUUGAUUUAAAAUUUUUGCAUUUCAUGUCCCGAUGUCCUUGUGGAUGAUCUUGGUAUGUAGGUGUACUCAUCCGCCCCCCUUUUCACCCUCUUCCUCCCCUCCUCCCCUCUGUCCUGCUGCUUUGUCCUUGUGUUUUUUCCCUUUCUUCCCUUCUUUUUCUGUCUUCUCAAUUUUUGCAACAUUAGAAAUUGUGCUUUGUUGAACUUCAAAAAUGUUGAGUUUUAAAGCUGCACUCAAUGUUUUUGCAAGUAUUGAAAAUUGAGUUUUGUUUUGUUUUUCUUUUUUUUCUUUUCUUUUUUUAAAAGAAAUAGCCUGUCUCAUUGGAUAUUUUGGGGUGGGCUGUUUUGGACCAGGAGCCCAAUGCUUAACUGUAUUUUACCCUUGUGUCUUCCUUUAGACAUCUGAAGAGAAGGAUUAAAGUGAUUUGGAAUAAAACCAUUGUGGAGCACAUUUCAUUUAUAUGGUCAGGAUAGGACAUCUAAAUGAGGAGCAAUCAGGUCGGGGCAAUGGUACGCUUCAUAUUCCAUAAAUUGAACAUUUUGAUAGGUUGCUAUAUCAUGCAUGUCAUACUUUAACAAAGCCAUAUGUGCUGUACUUUGUUAUAUAUAUACAUCUAUAUAUACAUUACAUUUUUAACAUGCUACUCUGGCCUGUGACAGAAAAAGCAGUCCUAGAUCAAGUGUUGUGAUGUAAGUGUAACAUCUUUUGCUGUCAAAUGUAAAUCUGAAUUGCUACUUUGUUGCAAAUGCGUCCCACUUUUAACAUAAUGUCCUCUUUUUUUGGUUAAAAUGUUUUAUAAAUUCAGGGAGCGAUUUAAGAUUUUGUGCUCAGUGGCAUUUUCGUUUUGUUUUUUCUUCUUAAUCUGACAUGAGUGCUCAAAAAUGGAAAAUUAGGCCCAAAAUUUUGACAUUUUAUUCUAACGGUCUGCCUCUGAUUUUCUUCCUGGUAUUUCAAGGUUUUGAUUGGAGGAGUGGCUCAGUGGAUCCCAAUCCUUGGAGCUGGAUGAGUGGAUCGAUUAGGGAAGGGAUAGGCAAGGAUGGAUGCUCGGAACGGGAUCAGAUUUCCAGGAUUCAAAUGAAUUGAAAUCAGAACUAAUUAACGGGAGUCCCAGAGCAACUUUUUUUUAUUAGCUCCCCCCACCCUGCCUAUCUUUUAAAGUUUUUCAGUGAUAAUGGCUUUAUUUUACAAGAAAAGGAAACAGAGGACCAGGAAGUUGGAUCAAAGGAUGGAAUCGUAGAUGCCUGGUAUGAAGGAAUUGUA